AUGAGUCCAGUCAUGGAAAAUGUUAAUAUGGAGUCAUUCAAAGAGUCGGUGCAUGCUGAUUCUAGCAAACCGUCGGAGUCAGACAUGAAGUUUUAUUACCAGCGCCUUUUACCAUUUCGUUAUAUUUUCCAAUGGUUAAGUCACUCUCCAAAACCAACCAAGGAUUUCACAAUGAGAGAAUUUGCAUACGAGUAUAGAUCUAAAAUAUACCAACGUUAUAAUUCAUUUGGGACGUUAGAGGAGUUUAAGAAAUCAGUUGUCACUGCCAACCCUACUCGUUUUGAAAUUGGGGCUGUCUACAAAAUCAACCCCAAGGAACGUAAGAACUUACCCAAACAAGCAUUCAAGCCUGAAAGUAAGGAGCUUGUUUUCGAUAUUGAUUUGACGGAUUAUGAUGAUAUUAGAACUUGCUGUCAAGGUACGGAUAUAUGCUGUAAGUGCUGGAAGUUUAUUCAAGUUGGGUCGAACAUUAUUGAGUCUGCCUUGAGAGAAGAUUUUGGGUUUGAGCAUUUGGUAUGGGUGUUUUCAGGUAGAAGAGGUGCGCAUUGCUGGGUAAGUGAUAAACGAGCCAGGAAUUUGGAUGAGACUACUCGAAAGGCAAUAGUUGAUUAUUUGGAUGUAUUGAGUUCGAAAAACCAGAAUGGCAGCUUGAAUAUCAAGAAACCGUUCCAUCCGCAUGUUGAACGAUCAUUUGAAAUUGUGAAAAAAGAAUUUUUGGAAGUAAUUCUACAAGAUCAAGAUCCUUGGAAUACCACAACAGACGAGUCGAAAGCGUGGAAACAAGUUGAUGAAAUGUUGGCGUUGCUACCAAACAAGUCGUUGCAAAUAGAGUUGAAAAACAAGUGGAAAGGUCAAACCUUUGGUUCUACGUCGAAGGAAAAAUGGGAUGAUAUAAGUGCGGUUGCAUCAAAUGUCCUUAAAUCGAAUGUUCAAGUAGCACAAUUGACAGAAGCCAAAAAGGAUAUAAUUAUUUAUUAUAUGUACCCUAGAUUGGAUGUCCAAGUUUCUCGACAAGUGAUCCAUUUGUUGAAAUCACCGUUUUGUAUUCACCCGGGUACAGGUAAUGUCUGUGUUCCCUUUGAUCCUUUAAAGAAUAUAUCUGGGGACCCUGCAGAUGAUGAUUAUGGGUUCAAUCCGAAAUCAGCACCCAAUCUACGUCAAAUUCAGAACGAGUUGGAUGAAUGGGAACACAAUAAAUCCGAUGACAACAAGGUUGUUGCAGAUUAUGAAAAAACCAGCUUGAAGCCUUAUGUUGACUACUUUGCCAAGUUUGUGAAUAAUUUGCUCAAAGAGGAGUUGAAGGGUACCGAAAAACGAGCAAGAGAAGAAGAUCCAUUGAGUUUUUAG